AUGAUCGGUUCAAAAAUGUUAGCUUUAUUUGUAGUUGUGUUGGCAAUCAACACAGUAUCAAUUCAAGCAUGGGAUACUGAUCAAAUGGAGGUUUUCGAUCUCGUUGAAGAAAUGAAUAAUAUAAAUUUUUAUCAGUUUCUGGAAGUACCUGAAGAUGCUAAUUCAUCGGCAAUACGACAUGCAUUUAGAAGGAUGUCACUGAUUUUACAUCCUGAUAAGAAUGACUCUCCAGAUGCUGAAGCCAGAUUCAGGGAAUUAGCUUCAAUCCAUGAUGUUUUACGGGAUCCUGUAAAACGUGGUCAUUAUGACAAAGUUUUAAGUGAAGGGUUACCGGAUUGGCAUCAUGCUGUUUAUUACUACAGAAGAGUUAGAAGGAUGGGAUUCCUAGAAAUGAUUGUUAUUCUCUUUUCUAUAAUAAGUGUUGGACAAUAUCUUGUAGCUUGGGGAUCGUAUAUAGAAAAUAAAUUCACUGUGGAAGAGUUAUUGAGUUCAAAAAUAAAAAAAAUUCGAAAACAAAAGAAAUAUCGAGGUGAUUCAACAUUACCACCAGAAUUUGAUGUGAACAUACCAAAACCUAGUUUGAAAAAUACACUUCCAUGUCAAUUACCUUAUUGGAUAUGGGUAUUCAUCUUAAAAUCACCUUCACUCACAACUUCAGCCAUAUCAUUUUUGGUCACUAAGUUCAAAGAAAGAAAAAAUAACCAAAAUAAAGUGGAAUUUGAAAAACCAGAACCAGUUAUUCGUGAAAGAAUAAGACGUCGUAAAACGCCAUAUAAGAUACCAGAAAUUAAUGAUUAUAAAAACACUAAUGGAGAUACUCGUGGAAAAGUUACUACUGAAAGUAGUGAUACUCCUGCAGUUGCUGGUGGCUUGUGGACUGAUGAAGAUUUAUAUGAAUUGUCUCAGAUGGUAAAUAAAUUUCCUCCUGGUACCUCAGAUAGGUGGCAAAAGGUUGGCAAAGCAAUGCAACGCCCUGUUCCGGAAGUUGCAUACAUGGCCAAUAAAAUGAAACAAAAUGGGUAUAAGGUGCCAACUCCUGGAGAGACAGCCGAGUCAGUUAUCACCGAAGAACCAAAGAAGGUUAAAACAAGAGCGACAGAAAAUCUUGAUUCCAGCGAUAGCUCAUGGACUCAAAUUCAACAGAAAACAUUUGAAAAUGCUCUUAUUAAGUUUCCUAAGGGAUCCACUGAAAAUCGUUGGGAAAAGAUAUCCAAAUGUGUACCAAAUAAAACUAAAGAAGAAUGUAUGACAAGAUACAAGGAAUUAAAUGAGCAAGUGAAAAAGAAAAAAGAUUCAACUGAUGGCGGUAUAGAAAAUGUUGAAAGCAACACUAAUGAAUUAUAA